UCUAUUAAAAAAACGAAUACUGUUAUAACUGUUGCUGACUUGGCUUUCCGACAUUGACUCACUCUCAAACACAUCACUCCGGCUAGACGUACAAAACGGCUGUAUCUAUACAUCGGGUAGCUAAGAAGUGGUGACUUUGGCAUGCCUAUAGAUAUAUAUAUUGUGUGGAAUUCAAGCUGUGAAAAAUGCAGAUUUUGGGGUUUGAAGAAGCAAGAAUUGGGAAAGGAGUAUGAAUAUCCAUGUGGUUUAUUUAUUUUAGGAAAUUUGAGAAUAUAUGGAUGAAAUAGGCUGUUGAAGGAAAAAAAAAGGGAAAGGAGAGUGAAAAUGCAGGUGGUUUAUUUAUUUUAGGAAAUUGGUUUUAAAGAUGGAUUGAUUUUUCCAUUUUAGAUCAGUGUGGUUGUCAUAAAAAGAAAGGUUUUUUAGAUUUUUGGGGCAAAUAUGGAUUGCAAAAUAGCAUAAGGCUUCUGAAGAAACAAGAAUUGGAGGAGUAUGAAUCUGGAGUUUGGGAUGCAGCAGAGUGAUGAAGGGGUUGAAAAUUGGGAGGAUUUGCUCGGGCUCUACACCGAUGUUUUGCAGGACGGAUGGGGCCAGGGGGGCAGUUUCGGGCCAGGUGGUCCCGUAGGGGUUCAGAAUGGUUGCGGUGUGGCUUUUGCUGAGACGGGGAAUGAGACUCGUGGUGGCUCGACUGGGCUAUCCGGGGCAGAUCAGUGGAGCCGUGGCGUUGAUGAUGUUGGAAAUGUGGUUCUUCCUAGAAAGGUUGAGUCUUUGGAAGAAUUGUUGGGUAAGGUUGUGGAAAAUCAGGAUAUUGGUGGUUACAAUCUGCAGCAAAUGCAAAGUAGACUUUUGGUGGAUAAAAGACCAAGCGACGGCCUAAGUGUACCGCGAAGUUCAGAAGACGGGGACUCCUCGAGUGUGAGUCGGCCUUUCCAUCUCGGACCAGCAACACCGGAUCACCGUAGCCUACUGAAGAACAGACAGCCGCCUCAUCUGUCAACAGAAGAAAACAGUAAGAAGUCUAUGCUGUCUCAACAAGCUGAAACUGGAGAGAGAGAGCACGACGAUUUCGUUUCCGAUGCCCUGAGUUCAGCGUCUCCUGACGCUUCAACGACCGAGGAGAAGCGAAAUCCAGUUGGCGGAAACAACGGAGGAGAGUUUUGUAACGAAACACCACCUCAGAAGACACCAAAGAGGAGAAAGCACCGGCCGAAGGUAGUGAGGGCAGAGAAGCCUAAACGAACUCCAAAGCCCGCGGCCAAAGAAAACAAGACCCCCGGUGGAGAUCCUCCCACCAAAAGGAAGUACGUGCGCAAGAAAGACAUUAAAGGCUCGACGAAUCAAGGGAAAUCGUGUAAGAGAUCGUUAAAUUUUGACUCGGAAGACGAAGUCGGAAAGAAAUCUAAAUGCAAAGAGUUUGACCACCACGGUGACAGUAACUCGGGGAGCGAGGCUGUGCAUCAAAACAUUAGCAGCGAACAGACACAAACUCCGUUUGCAGGCAAAAUCCAGCCUCAAGAGUCACAGGCGUUCGCAGCCACUGUCCCAACAGCCUCAUCGAAAGGCCACACUCUUAAUGCCAUUGCAAGGAGUUUGAAGGCGGGAAGUACUAAUCCGGGUGCACACGGGCAGGUAAACAGUCAUUCAAGUGGCGGCUUUAGUCAGCUUCUUAUUCUAGCAAACACCCGACAGCAAAACAUGGAUGGACCGAGGCAUCCGGGACUUCAGAGUACGCCUCAACGUUCGUGGGAUUUGGUUACUAACAGGGAUGAAAAGCAACCCGAAAGAGCAUAUUCCUAUACUGCGCCAACACAACACCGGAUUGUCCACUUUAACGAACAAAGCAUGACUCCGUGGCAAGAUUUUGCAGAGAGGAAUGGGCUCAGAAUGCCUUCUGCUGAAAAAUUUUCCGAACAAACUGUAAGCCCGAGCAGGAGCAUUCAUGGCCAGACAUACAGACAGCGCAUGAAUGUUGGAUUGCCAUAUUUUGGCAUUGAAGAAAUAACCAAACUGAUGAAUCCAACGUACGAAACCAACAAGGCCACCCGCCAUUGGCGCGUGGAUUCCAUCAAUUCUGGACUCCGGUUUCAGAAGCAAAUGUCCACUUUUAACAGAGGCCCUAAAGUUGUAAAAAGAAAGGAGAUGGCGGCUGGGUCUGCUCGCGUGUCAGCAAAGAGGCAUUACAUCAGAAAGACGCCACCAAACAAAAUGUCGCGUACAGAUAGAGUAGUACAGCAGGAGACGAAUGUCUCGGUUGAUAAUAUAACAGAAGGCAUGAAAAGGCUACAGAUCAGUAAGGGAGAGGAAACUGCUCACGUUCCAUACGCAGGAGACGGUGCUGUGGUUCCAUAUGAGGCGGUCAAGAAACGGAGGCCACGUCCCAAAGUGGACCUUGAUCGAGAGACGAACAUGCUGUGGAACCUGUUAAUGGGCAGUGAAGGAAGUGAGAAUGAGGACACCAUGGACGAGGAUAAACAGAAGAAAUGGGAUGAAGAACGAAGAGUCUUCCGUGGUCGAGUGGAUUCAUUUAUAGCCCGGAUGCAUCUUGUUCAAGGCGACAGACGAUUCUCCAAAUGGAAAGGAUCGGUCGUUGACUCGAUAAUUGGAGUAUAUCUCACUCAAAAUGUCUCGGAUCAUCUUUCGAGCUCGGCUUUCAUGUCUCUUGCAGCCAAGUUUCCUGGCAAGUCGACAAAUACUAGAGAUACAUCGUGCCAAAACGCGGAAAAACCAUCAGCUGAAUAUGUGGUCCGCGUAACUCAUCCUGAUGGAACGACUUGUCAUCAGCGAAUGACGAGGGAGCCAGUUUACGACCACAAAUCGUCUGAACACGGUUCAGAAGAAGUUCCUUCGGGCAAAGAGGCCAGAAUAACAGAGGAAUGUAUAGCUUCGUCACAAACUUCUUCAGGCUCCGUGAGUUUCCAAGCCUCGGAGGAUAUCAGAUCAAGCUCGGGAUCAAAUUCUGAAGCCGAGGACCAAGCAACCGGGAGCAAUUCUCAUCGACCUUUGUACCUCUUCGAAGAGGCUGGAGGAAUAGCAGAACUCCAGAAAAAUCAGAUGCCAGAAAUGGGAGUUUCGUAUCCGGACAAAAUUCUCCCGAACGAUCUUCGGGAAUAUGAAAAGGAAUGCACCUCUUCUUUAAGUUCUACGCUUUGUGAUACGACACACGGAUCAGUUGUAGAAGAGUUGCAUAAUAAAUCAGCCGAAGCACUCGGGCAAAACCCCACAGGUAAUCGAAAACUCUAUGCAGACAGCACACUUGAGCCAACCGAGACGAAGACAGUCCAUGCUUCUGAUGAACAAUCAACAAAUGCAACUGCAAGAAAGCAGAAAGGCGAGAAGGAGAAGGAAAAGGAAAAGCCAAUUGAUUGGGAUUCGUUAAGAAAGCACGUGCAAUCAACGGCGGGCAAGGGAGGAAGAAGCAGGGACACAAUGGACACUCUGGACUACGAGGCCUUACGAAAAGCUGAUGUUCGUGAGAUCUCUAGCACUAUAAAGGAAAGAGGAAUGAAUAACAAGCUAGCAGCGCGUAUCAAGGAAUUUCUCGACAGACUAGUUAAAGAUCACGGAAGCAUUGACCUAGAAUGGCUUCGAGACGCUCAGCCAGACAAAGUCAAGGAUUACUUACUGAGUAUACACGGGUUGGGGCUGAAAAGCGUGGAGUGCAUACGCCUCCUAACGCUUCACCAUCUAGCUUUUCCGGUUGACACGAACGUUGGACGAAUUGCUGUCCGGCUUGGUUGGGUCCCACUUCAACCGCUCCCGGAGUCACUACAGUUGCAUCUUCUUGAACUGUACCCGAUGCUGGAGUCGAUUCAGAAGUAUCUUUGGCCUCGACUCUGCAUGCUCGAUCAAGAAACCUUGUAUGAGCUACAUUACCAACUGAUAACAUUCGGGAAGGUUUUCUGCACAAAGAGACAACCAAAUUGUAACGCAUGCCCGAUGAGAGGAGAAUGCCGUCAUUUCGCCAGCGCUUUCGCCAGUGCAAGGCUUGCUCUUCCGGGGCAAGAAGAGAAACGUGUGGUCUGUUCAGACGUUUCAACGGAUCCCAGUCACAAAUGUGGCGUAGUUGAAAAGCCUAUGUUCUUACCUCCGCCCGAGGAUCACAUGGGGAGUGGUGCAGGGUUCACGACGACAAACUGUGAACCUAUCAUCGAGGAGCCAGCCUCCCCCGAAUCAUCGAUAGAAUAUACAGAAAGAGACAUUGAGGAUGCAUUUUACGAGGAUGAUCCUGAUGAAAUCCCGGAAAUAAACCUCAACAUCGAGGAAUUCACGACUAAUCUAAAGAGCUUCAUUCAAGAGAAUAAAGAAAUGCAAGAAGGCGAUAUGUCCAGAUCCAUAAUUGCACUUAGCCCCCGUCUUGCUUCUAUUCCCGCGCCCAAACUGAAGCACGUUAGCCGACUGCGGACUGAACACCAAGUGUAUGAACUCCCGGAUUCACAUCCACUACUAGAAGGGAUGGAUAGACGAGAGCCUGACGAUCCAAGUCCGUACCUUCUCGCCCUAUGGGCGCCAGGUGAGACUGCAGACUCGAUUCAGCUUCCGGAAGGUAAAUGUAGCGCUACAGAAAGUGGCAUGUGCGACGACAAAACAUGUUUUUCAUGCAACAACACGAGAGAAACACACGCACAAACAGUGCGCGGAACUAUUCUAAUACCUUGCAGAACAGCAAUGAGAGGCAGUUUCCCACUCAACGGGACAUAUUUCCAAGUCAACGAGGUUUUCGCUGAUGAUAAAACGAGCAAGGAUCCUAUUCACGUACCAAGAAGUUCGAUAUGGAAUUUACCAAGAAGGACAGUCUUCUUUGGGACCUCGGUCUCGACUAUAUUCAAAGGUAUGUCGACGGAAGGUAUCCAAUACUGCUUUUGGAAAGGUUUCGUGUGUGUUAGAGGGUUCGACCAAAAAACUCGAGCGCCACGGCCUCUGAAGGCGAGGUUGCAUCUUCGUGCAAGCAAGAUAGCAAAGAAGAAUGAGUGAAAACACAAGAUAAUGUAGAGCAAGCCACCAUCACUCCAAGAUCAAGAUGAUAGAAGAAGUGCAGUAGGAUAGCAUUAUACAUGACAUUCUUUCACAUUCUUGUUCUGGUUAGUAUCCAACCACGUACACGUAUGCAGCAAGGAGAAAUUACUAGGAUAGAAUCUCAUAAUUUCAUAGACAGUCCUUUCCAACAUGUAGUUUUUCAUCUUUUCAAUUUAUGCUCGACUAUGAGCCAUUUUUUCAAAUGGAGAAUUAUUUGACAGAAAACAAUAAAUAAGAAAAUGUAACAUUUUUAUAAA